UGCAGGUGCAGGGUAGUUCCUCUCCACUCCGGGCCUGAAACACAUGGCAGAUAAAGGCCACUGGAGCCCAUCUCCGUCGGGCCGAACAGGAAGUGAUGUGGAGUUUGGGGUGGAAUCUGGUACCUUAGGGCUACUGCAACCCAGACGGCUAACCAACCCACGGGGAGAAGAUGUCAGGGAGUCUAGGAGUUCUCGGAAUCCCGCCUGUCUUCCUUCUCUUCCUGUCUGAAGCCUGCCUAGACCCUGGAUGUCAGGCCCUGAAGGUAGAGGUUCCACCAUCGCUGACAGUGAACAUAGGGGACGAGGCCCGCCUCACCUGCAAACACGAUGGCCGCAAUCCUAACAUCACAUGGUUUUACAACUUGCAGUUCAACUUCAACAACUCCAAAACCUUCGUGUUCGUGGGCCCUGCUCUGGGGCCCAGUGGCGAGCUGGUCAUCCCCAACGUAAACAAGAGCCAUAAGGGCAUAUACACGUGCCAGGUGAAAGAACACAGCACACAACAAUGGUCCUGUGGCACCUACCUCCGCGUACGUGAGCCAGUCCCUAGGCCCUUCCUGGACAUGGGGGAAGGCACCAAGAACCGCAUCAUCACGGCUGAAGGGAUCAUCUUGCUGUUCUGUGCAGUGGUGCCAGGGACACUGCUGCUAUUCAGGAAGCGAUGGCAGAACGAGAAGUUUGGGGUGGACAUACCGGAUGACUAUGAAGAUGAAAAUCUUUACGAGGGCCUGAAUCUUGAUGACUGCUCUAUGUAUGAGGACAUCUCCAGAGGCCUCCAGGGCACCUACCAGGAUGUGGGCAGUCUCCACACUGGAGAUGUCCAGCUGGAGAAACCAUGACUGACAGCCCCCACCUUCCCCAUCCCCCCACCUCCCGCUGGGUCCUCUGCCCCUACCUGCCACAUGCCUGACCUCAGCAUCUGAGCCCCACAGCUCUUCCCGGGGGACCCCCUUCUCCAAGUGUAUCACCCUCGCCUCCAGACUGCCCCACCCUGCUCUCCCACCUAAUUCUGUCCUUCCCCAAGUCUGUCCCGGUUCCCGCUCCAGUGGGUAAUGAGCCCUUAAUCGCUGCCUCUAGGGGAGCUGAUUACAGCAGCCUCGUUAGUGUCACCCCAUCCUCCUCCCAGAUCUGUCAUGGCCACUUAAGUGCUAAUAAAUCCUUCCCAAAGCA